AUGGGGCUUGGGAGACCCUCCAUCUGUGAGAGAAAAAGGAGUAACAAUGCUCGCAAGAAAAGCUAUUUGGAGAAGAAGAAGCCAAGGAAGAAUGGAGGUUACACAUGUUCUCAAUCCGGUUUUGAACCAGGAAAAAGUAGACCACCUUAUAAUGACGGGGUUUCAUUUAAUCCACCAGCUUUUCACCCACCAGUCCAUUCACCUGGCAUGCCCCUACAUGUUAACUUUCAUAAUCAGGAUUUCAAUCCACAUUGGUCUUUAGUUAAUCCUACCUCCAAUUUUGCUACCAUGCUUCAACGUAAUGAUCAAAUGUUACAUCUAUCUCAGGACACUCUGUCGAAUACCUUCCUCCUUCCUCUCCCUUCCCCAGCUCCUCGAGUUCUAUGGUCAAUACUCCUUGAUGAUACUUCGUCUUUCAGAGGGGAACAAACUGCUGGUCCAAACAACAACUCUAUCAGGGGACUAAAUGUGAUUGACCAAGUCAAGUCUAAGGUGGAGAAUGUGUGCCUGCUUGGAGGGCCGAGUUGGGAUGUGAAACUUGGAAGAAGGGAUUCGAGAAAAGCUAGCUUUCUGGUGCCAAUGGUGGCCAAAUUCCUCGUCCCACUUCUACCCUUAACAACCUCAUCAACAGGUUCCAAGCAAAAGGUCUCUCCACCAAUGAUAUGCAGUGGCUGCUUCGUUCAUGUUGCUAUUGAUGGCGCUGGCAGCAACUAUAAGAGAUGGAAAAUAAGAGAGAAGAGAGAUAGGGAGAGGAAAGAGAAGUUGCAUUUACGUUGGAGAAAGGAGACUGGGAUAAGGGAGAGAAGAGAGAUAUCAGGAGACAAAAACACUAAGAAAAGAGCUUAG